GAAAGAGAGUGGUAUCGUGAGAAUAAGGGAGGCGAGAGUGAAUUGGACAUGCCAGAAUGCUGAACCGUUCAAUCCAUUCAUCGUCAAACAAUGGCGGAGGAAAAUCCAUGCCCUAGGCUUCCUUUUCAAUAACCUUGUAUUGUUUCAUCGACAUUGUCGUUGUUGUUGUCGCCUCCACGGUUUUUCUCUUUUGCGUUGCUCUUAAAGGUGCGAUGGGUGAGGUGGGGAAGAUACUGUACAUAGUGGUGGUGGAUGACGCGCAAAAGGAAGAGUCCUUUCGCUACACGCGCCCGGUUCUUCAGAGCACGCUCCAGCUUAUGGGAUGCAAGGCCCGUCACGCCUUCAAGAUCAGCCAAAGAGUUUUUGAACUCACAAGGAAAGCAAAUUCUACUGAUAUUUUGCAGCCAGAGAUAGAGGCUUUAUCAGGUUUUGAUGCUUUCAAGGGUAAUUCUUCGAAGAAAGAGGGUCAGGGUGCUGAUGCUGGCCUGGGUAUAGCAGACAUACGCAACCAAUUGCUUUCUGGGAAAGAUUAUAAAUUUAAAAGUGUACCUUUUGAGUUGUACAAAAGGCGCACAUCUGCAUUCAUCCGACGAGAAAAUUUUCUAGAUAUUGUCUGUGAUGCCUUGUCAGAGUACAAGUAUGUGGGUCCUAACCAGAGAGCAGACUUGGUCUUAGCCUGCAGGAUCCGUGAGCGCAAAGAGUCUGUGACAGUGCUACUGUGUGGCACAAGUGGCUGCGGCAAAUCAACGUUGUCUGCAUUGCUGGGAGGUAGGUUGGGAAUCACAACAGUGGUAUCAACUGAUUCUAUUAGGCACAUGAUGAGAAGUUUUGCUAAUGAGAAAGAAAACCCCUUGCUAUGGGCUUCUACAUACCAUGCUGGGGAGUGUUUGGACCCUGUCGCUGUUGCAGCAGCAAAGGCCAGAAGGAAAGCAAAAAAGCUGGCUGGUGUGUCACGUUCACUUCACAAGGAUGAAGCAACUGAGGGUAACAAUUCUAGCAAAUCUGAUAAUAGGAUGUCAGAGACUAACUCUGCUCCUAAGGAACUGCUAAGUCCCAAACAAAUGGCUAUUGAAGGAUUCAAGGCACAGAGUGAGAUGGUGAUUGACAGUCUUGAUAGGCUUAUCACGGCAUGGGAAGAACGAAAAGAGUCUGUGGUUGUCGAGGGUGUUCACUUGAGCCUCAACUUUGUUAUGGGGCUGAUGAAGAAACAUCCUUCGAUCAUACCGUUCAUGGUACACAUUACAAACGAGGACAAGCACUUGGAAAGAUUUGCUGUACGUGCGAAGUAUAUGACACUGGACCCAGCUAAAAACAAGUAUGUGAAGUAUAUUAGAAACAUCAGAACAAUCCAGGAUUAUCUCUGCAAGCGUGCUGAAAAGCAUUUCGUUCCCAAAAUAAAUAACACAAAUGUUGACAAGAGCGUAGCAGCCAUCCAUGCGACUGUAUUCAGUUGUCUUAGAAAGCGUGAGAUGGGAGAACAGCUAUAUGAUCCUGUUAGAAACACUGUGUCUGUUGUUUAUGAGGAAUAUAGAAAUCAAUGUUCAGCAAAUGCUUUGACCGCCAAAGGAAUGCUUCAGUUGAUCCAGAGACAAGGUUCUUCAAGGAAUCUGAUGGCUCUUGUUAACACUGAUGGGUCUGUAGCAAGGGCUUGGCCUGUUAAUUUAGUUGACAGUAAUGGGAGGCCUGUGUGGUGCCAUGGACCAGAGAAUGGAAUUUGCCAUCCAAUGUAUGGUCCCUUAAGAAUUGGGAAGGCAGAACCAGUAAAUCUUCAGUUUGGUCUUUAUGGAAUCAGUGCUUGGCCCAGUGAUGGUGGAACUAGUCGUGCUGGAAGUGUAGACGAGUCUAGAGCCGAUGGAACUGAUACUGGUAGUAGAUAUGUAUCCUCUUGCUGUAGCUCACCAAGGAUGUCAGAUGUAGCUUCAAAAGAGCUCAAAGAGGACUUCUCAGUGCAUGGUAGUGAUGAGGAGAUUGACGAUCAACCUGAGGUGGGAAGUGAUGAAGAUUUCAGUGAUGACGCCGACAAACAUGGCCAUGAAGAGGUAGGAUCAGUUGACGAGGAAUCAACAAAAUCUGACGAGGAGUACGAUGAUCUUGCAAUGCAAGACGUGGUGGAAAAUGGGUAUUGGUCGGACGAUGAUGAUGAGUUUAGGAGUAAGGUUGGUCUUGUUGGCGGGGAGUUAGGAAGCAAAGUGCAUGGGGGAAACAGGUAUCGCCGAAACCUGGAUCUUUUCCAUAGAAGUAGAAGUGAACCAGUGGCAGUUCCUGAGCCACAAUGCUCUUAUUCUUCUUUGCUCGUUGAAAAGAAUGAGAGGAAAGCCAAACUAAGAACACGUUCCCUUAGUAUUCCUGCAUUAGGAAAACACAGACCAGCAAUGAAUGAUCCUAUCCUUUCUGGUGCUCCUCAGAGGUUAUGACUUUCUUUUUCUCUAGAAGACGGCCCAAAGGCCGGAAAAAAGCAUUUCAAACUGUCAUUAGAUUAGUCAACCACGGCUAAAAUAAGAUUCUUGUACAGGUUUUAAAUUUUUUAUUCUGAAAUAAUUCUAAAUCCAUGUAUAUUUCUGUAUUAUCCAAGUAUUUGUUUCAGAUAUAAAUAAUAUAUUCUUUAUUCAA